UGAAUACAUUGAAGGCAACGUGAUAAUCGAGUACUGCUUUAACGAUGUGUCUCUAUAAAGGGAGCACGUUCUCAUAUCAAUCAGUGUCAUGUCACCAAAUGCCACCAAACAGCUUUGGAAGAAGCGGCUAAUGUGAGCCCUUCUGGACCCUCUCUGUUAGCCAUCAUGGGAUGUGGCACCUCUGUCGCCACAGAAAAGCAAGGGGAAACACUGGAGCAGGAUGAACCAGUUAAGACUCCCAGCCCGGCUCUGACUAUGAAGGCAGCUGUUUUGAUCCAGCGAUGGUACCGGCGCUACAUGGCCCGUCUUGAGAUGAGACGCAGGUACACUUGGAACAUCUUUCAGUCUAUUGAAUACGCCGGGGAACAAGACCAGCUACAGCUCUCUAGUUUCUUCACUUUCAUGCUGGACAACUUCACUCAGCUGAAUGGGAAUGGGCCAGACUUGAUCUCCCAGCUGCUGGAUCCGGUGGUGGACCCAUGGUUAGACAGAGAAACCUGCUACAACUUGAUCCAUGUUCCAGAGUCCUACACCGGACCUAGACUAUCCUUUCCUCUCUCCGUCGCUGAUACAAAUGCGCUCCUGAGUGCGUUUAAGGAUCAGCAGACUCUCCAUGCCAGAUAUGUUCUCCAGCUGCUGUAUGAGACCAAAAAGCUCCUCAAACAGAUGCCAAACAUAGUCCACUUGUCGACAUCCUACUACAAAGAGAUCACUAUAUGUGGUGAUCUGCACGGGCGACUUGAUGACUUACUACUUAUAUUUUAUAAGAAUGGCCUUCCCUCUGCAGAGACACUGUACGUGUUUAAUGGGGACUUUGUGGACCGUGGAAAAAAGUCAGUUGAAGUGGUUAUCCUGCUGUUUGCCUUCCUUUUGCUUUACCCAGACUACAUGCACCUGAACCGAGGAAACCAUGAAGACCACAUAAUGAACCUCAGAUACGGGUUCACAAAGGAAGUCAUGCAGAAGUACAAGACUCAUGGCCGUGAGAUCCUUCAGCUGUUUCAGGAUGUUUUCAGCCUCCUGCCCAUCGCAACAGUUAUAGACGGAAAGAUUCUGAUUGUUCACGGAGGGAUUUCAGACCAGACUGACUUAGACUUCCUGAGCUCCAUAGAGAGACACAAGGUAAAAUCAGCCCUGAGAUUUCCCAGGUGCAGUUUGGAGCACCUGGACAUCAGUCAGUCCUGCAGACAGACCAAAAGAACGAGAUCCACAGACAGCUCUCGUCCCAGCAGCAGUCGCAGUCAAAACAAGAACCAAAGGACACCCAACACGAGGAAGAAGCGAUGCAGGCUCAGCCGACAAGACAGCGCCGCCUCCACCUCUUCCUCCUCCUCGUCUUCCUCGUCAUCCUCUUCACUCUGCUCUCCUCGAACCCCAUCCUGCCUCUCCCCGCAUGCUUUUCCAUCUUCUCCUUGCAUGCCUUACUCUGUUAACGUCCUCCAAGUGCCUUUCCUGGACUCUCUGUCCUCCGUUCCCCUCCCGUCACCUUCGCAGCAUGAGCAGGAAUGGAAGCAGAUAGUGGAUAUAUUGUGGAGUGACCCUAAAAUCCAAGAUGGCUGCAGUCCCAACACCUUUAGAGGUGGCGGCUGCUACUUUGGCCCUGACGUCACCCAGAGACUACUGCUCCAACACGGACUCCAGCUGCUCAUCCGCUCACAUGAGUGCAAACAAGAAGGAUACGAGUUCUGUCACAAUGGAAAGGUGAUCACCAUCUUCUCUGCAUCCAAUUAUUACGAGGAGGGAAGCAACCGAGGAGCCUAUGUCAAACUGGGGCGAGAGCUGGUGCCCCGCUUCUACCAGUACCAAGUCAGCCGGACUACUCGCAAACUUACUCUGACACAGAGAGUGCGAGCCGCUGAGGGCUCUGCUCUCAGAGCCUUAAAGGAGAAGCUGUUCGCUCACCGCUCCGAGCUGAUGGCCGGAUUCCAGCAGUACGACCAGAAUAACACAGGUCGUGUGUCGGUCUGCGAGUGGGCUCUGGUUCUGGAGUCUGUACUGAGACUGGACCUGCCGUGGAGGACGCUUCGUCCACACUUAGCCCGUCUGGCACCGGAUGGCAGCCUGGAGUAUCAGUCCUGCUUCGAGGAUAUGGGACCAGGCAUUCCUCUGCCGCAGGUCACUUCAAAUUUGGCUGAAACUCUGUUCAGAUACAGGACAGACAUUGAGAUAAUAUUCAACAUCAUAGACAAAGAUCAUUCAGGUCUGAUUUCCAUUGAGGAGUUUCGUCAAACUUGGCGUCUUUUUAGCACUCACUUGGGAGUUGCCAUCGACGACAGUGCCAUUGAUGACCUGGCCCGGAGUAUUGACUUUAAUAAGGAUGGCAGUAUAGACUUCACUGAGUUCCUAGAGGCAUUUAGAGUGGUACACAAACUGGACAGCAAAGAUCAGCAACUGCAUGAAAAGAUGGAUGGAGAGAAGAGGACAGGCUGA